ACGUUAUUAGAAUAAAACUGCGCUUUACUGGAGCUUGACACACGAAUCAGGAUGAAUACGAUGAAAUUCAAUACAACAGUCAUUGGUUUUUUGGCGCUAAGCUGUAUGGCCGCGGCCCAGAAAAACUGGAAGCUCUGGAAGCCCACUAAUUCGGUGACCAUACGACAGAAUGGCGGAAGCCUGUGUGCCAAUCAUUUGGUUGGUGAAUUUGUGCCGCAUGCUGAAGACUGCCAAAUGUUUUAUCUGUGCGUGGAGAACGGUGAUGCUGUCUUGGCCUCCUGUCCACCCACAAUGCUCUUCAAUUCUGAUAGCAAGCUCUGCGAUACAGCGGGGAAUGUGAGAUGCAGAAACGACACAGAGAGCGGCAUGGAAAACGCAAUUCCGCCGAACGACGGUGACAACGAUUUCAACAAAAUGAUUACGGAUGCGGCUACCUACUGUGCCACGUUAACGCAACAGCAGUCCAACGAUCGGAUCGUUUAUAUAGGCAGCUCCAGCAGCUGUAGCAAUUACUACAUCUGCUAUUAUGGACAGGCUAUACUGCAGGAGUGCAGCUCGGAACUGCAUUGGAAUGCGAUGACUGGAAAGUGCGAUGUACCGGAGAGGGCCCAAUGCACGUUGGGUGCUCCUGAAGAGGAUCCUUCUACGAAUCCAAUUGCUCCCAAUGCGAACAUAAACUCGGGUGUAGCUGUGUGGAAUGAGUUCAUCCACUGCCCCACCUACGGACAACAUCUGUAUCCCCAUAUGCAGCGAUGCGAGUUUUUCAUUUACUGUGUGAAAGGACAUCCCACUCUGCAGCAAUGUCCGUUUUAUUAUUUCUUUGAUAUUGCCUCAAAAAGUUGUCAGUGGUCGCGUACGGCUUUGUGUGUACGUGAUUUAAAUUUGCCGCCCCAAAUAAAACGACAAACCUGA